GCAUGCGCGAAGCUACGCCGGGUGAAACAUGUCAACUUCCGUCAGCAGCUACAAACCUGUGAGCCAUGUCAUUUUCGACAUGGAUGGAUUAUUGCUCGACACAGAACGACUUUACACGGUGUCUUUCCAGGAAAUAUGCGACCGCUUCGGGAAGCAGUACACCUGGGAUGUGAAGUCGUCUGUGAUGGGGAAAAAGGCUCUGAAUGCUGCCCAGAUUAUCCGGGAUUCCUUGGAUCUUCCCAUGACAGCUGAGGAGCUGCUGAAGGAAAGCAGGCAAAUACAGGAGAGGAUCUUUUCGUCGGCCAAACUUCUGCCAGGCGUGGAGAAACUUGUAAACCAUCUGAAGAAGCACCACAUCCCCAUCGCUGUGGCAACCAGCUCAGCUGAUGUGACCUUCAAGCUGAAGACCAGUGCACACACAAACUUUUUUGCUCUGUUUGAUCACAUUGUUCUGGGCGACGAUCCCGACGUAAAGAACGGCAAACCUGAGCCCGACUCCUUCCUGGUGUGUGCCAGCAGAUUCAGCCCCCCAGCCUCCCCAGAGAAGUGCCUGGUGUUUGAAGAUGCCCCCAACGGCGUAAAGGCUGCGCUAGCUGCAGGGAUGCAGGUGGUGAUGAUUCCCGACGACAACCUGCCCCCCAACCUCACCCAGGGGGCCACGCUGCGCCUGAGGAGCAUGGAGGAGUUUGACCCGCAGCUCUUUGGCCUGCCUACGUACAGCUAAACUCAGGGCUGCUCCUGCCUCUGUGUUUCAGUUCAUUGACAUCCUUUCAAAGAAACAAUUAUGUAUAUUAAUUUGCUGAGGAAAAAUUGUACUGAUUGUUUUCAGAGUCAGCCUCAGCCUUUGGGCAAUAAAGGAUUACGUGUUUUAUUUUACAUUUUACUGCCAUCUUAAUAUUAACCUCAGGGCUUUAUGGAAGCUCUGCAGUUAAUGGGACGAUGAGUUGACUUCUGAAAUGUAUAUCAAACUGUUUCUGUGGAAAUCAAACAUUCUUUGGCAGCUUUUGUAAACUUGUCCUACUUAUGAUUUUUAAAGAUGAUUAAAGUAAAUUUAAAUUGAUUUUACUGUACACCACAGUUUCAGUUUUUUACAAUUGUGUUAUAACAAUGUUUGUGAUUAUUGUGAUUUUGGAGGACAGGUGGCCAAGUGGGACAAAAAGGUGGCAUCUUGUGCCACAUAGAACCGCCGGCUGCUUUAGUGUGAGAUUUAUUACAGGCCAUCAUGAAUAUUUAAAUCAAUUGCCAUAUGUAGUCUGAUGCAGAUGUUUAAUUAUGUUAUCUAACAAUCAGAUUACCAACAGCAAAACAGAAUAUGACAAUUUUUGGGGGGAAAAUUAACAUUUUUUAAUUUUUUUAUUUUAUUUUAGUGGCUGAAAUCCUAUCCAGAAAUUCAGCCACUGUUAAAAAGAAUAGAAAAAGAUUUUAGAAGGGCAUUUUUUCAAUUCAGAAAAAAGUGCAGGCACCUUAGCACCUCCUAGUGUUAAUCUGUGGACAUCCCGGCCUUCAGAGACACUUAAAGCUCAUUUCUUCUCCAUCCUGUUACUCAAGUUGAACUUCAGAAAGUUGUCUUAACAUUUAGAUAUGUAAACGCAUUAAUAAGAAUGUGCCUAAUUUGCUGUUUAUGUGAAGAACCAAUUGAUCUGAUGCUUGUAAAACAGACCAUAAUGUAUUCAUACAUUUUAGCAUCUGUACAUAUUUUGACCUUGUGUUGAUUAUAGAAACUCCCCAAUUUAAA